CCUCUCCUUCUCUCCCACAGGAACAUGACAUCGAGACGCCGUACGGGCUGCUGCAUGUUGUCCUUCGGGGAUCCCCCAGGGGAAACCGCCCAGCCCUUCUGACUUACCAUGAUGUGGGGCUCAAUCACAAGCUCUGUUUCAACACUCUCUUCAGCUCUGAGGAUAUGCAGGAGAUCACUAAACACUUUGUGGUGUGCCACGUGGAUGCUCCAGGGCAGCAGGCUGGGGCCUCCCAGUUUCCUCAGGGGUACCAGUACCCUUCCAUGGACCAGUUAGCUGCCAUGUUGCCCAGUGUGGUCCAGCAUUUUGGGUUCAAGUAUGUGAUUGGAAUUGGAGUGGGAGCAGGUGCCUAUAUCCUUACCAAAUUUGCACUGAUCUUCCCAGACCUGAUUGAAGGCCUCGUGCUGAUUAACGUUGACCCAAAUGGCAAAGGCUGGAUCGACUGGGCUGCCAGCAAGCUCUCUGGCCUGACCAGCACGUUAUCUGACAUGGUGCUGUCUCACCUGUUCAGCCAGGAGGAGUUGGCUAAUAAUGUGGAGCUGGUGCAGAGCUAUCGUCAGCAAAUUGCCAGCACAGUGAACCAGUUCAACUUGCAGCUCUUCUGGAACAUGUACAACAGCCGCAGGGAUCUGGAGAUGAGCCGCCCGGGCAGCACGCCCAAUGCCAAGACGCUCCGCUGCCCCGUGAUGCUGGUGGUGGGCGACAACGCGCCUGCAGAAGACGGCGUGGUUGAGUGCAACUCCAAGCUGGACCCGACCACCACCACCUUCCUGAAGAUGGCUGAUUCUGGAGGGCUUCCCCAUGUUACUCAGCCUGGGAAACUGACCGAGGCAUUCAAGUACUUCCUUCAAGGAAUGGGCUACGUGGCGUACCUGAAGGACCGGCGGCUGAGCGGCGGAUCAGCGCCCUCGGCCAGCGUGACACGCCUGGCCCGCUCCCGCACGGCCUCUCUCACCAGCGCCAGUUCAGUGGAGGGCGGCCGCCCCAGAGCCUGCACCCACUCGGAGAGCAGCGAAGCCGCGGGUCAGAUCAACCACACCAUGGAGGUGUCCUGCUGAGAGCCCUGGAUGCCUUCCUCAGCGCCAUCUUUGUUGUGGGAACCGUGGCCGUCCACACAUCACGUCGCUCGCCAGCCGCUCUGUUUUUGCCGCUUCUCGUGGCUUCCGUUUCCUCGUCUGCCCAUCUCUCCCAUUUCCAUUACAGAUACGAGGCUGAGGCAGGAAGCAGCAGCUUCCGUCAAGGGCUGCCUUCCUGUUGGUGGAGAUGCUGCCUUAAGAGUAGCCAUGUUCAAUGCUUGGCUUCGUCCCUUGCAAGCA